UUACGUUGCUGUUUGCAGGUUUCUCCUUUAGGCAUCUGGCAACCCAGUGGAGUAGCGCCUCAGUCAUACAAACUGGCUAGCUAGCUGAUCAUUGACACAGACAGCAGUAAAUCUACUCAGGAAACCUUCUCCUCACUUUACAAGGAUCAUCAUGGCCAAACAGUCCGAUGGCAUCGCGUCGAUAAAACGUCACGCCUUCACGGACCAUACCUUUGAACCUCAUUCAGAAAUGAAUCCAAACAGGAUCUACAUGGACUACAAUGCCACAACUCCUCUGGAACCAGAAGUGAUCCAGGCUGUUUCUGAAGCGCUCCGGGAUGCCUGGGGCAACCCGAGUAGCACUUACAUAGCAGGUGCUAAAGCCAAGGCAUUGAUUAAUCAGUCCAGAGACAAUGUGGCGAGAAUGGUUGGAGGUAAAGCAGAAGACAUCAUUUUCACAUCAGGUGGAACAGAGGCCAAUAACUUGGUGCUCCACACUGCCAUAGAGCAUUUCAGGAGAAACUGCGGGGCUGCAGAACAAGUUGACGGGCACCAGAAUGGAACCAACAGCCUUCCUCACAUCAUCACCUCUAAUGUGGAACAUGACUCUGUCAAACUUGUAGCUGAGCACCUACAGAAAGAUGGCAAAGCAGAUGUCACAUUUGUGCCUGUAUCUAAGGUAACAGCCCGUGUGGAGGUGGAGGACAUCAUUGCUGCAGUGCGUCCCAACACAUGUCUCAUCUCUAUAAUGCUGGCCAACAAUGAGACAGGAGUCAUCAUGCCUGUCCAAGAGAUCUGCCAGAGGAUUAAAUCUCUCAACAAGCAGCAUGAUCGGCUCAGGAUCUUGCUCCACACUGAUGCUGCUCAGGCUCUGGGGAAAAUCCGAGUAGAUGUCUGUGAACUGGGAGUGGAUUACCUCACCAUAGUGGGGCACAAGUUCUAUGGCCCUCGGAUUGGUGCUUUGUAUACGAACAGCCCUGGGACGAGAACACCGUUAUAUCCGAUGUUGUUUGGAGGAGGACAGGAGAGAAAUUUCAGACCAGGCACAGAAAAUACACCAAUGAUCGCAGGUUUGGGAAAGGCUGCAGAAAUGGUGGCCUCUAACUUGUCUGAUUAUGAGAGUCAUAUGCGAAGUACCAAACUUUACUUGGAAGAACGACUGAAGGCCAUCUUUGAAGACAAGAUCCACUUCAACAGCCACUAUCCAGGCUCCGAUAUCCUGCCUAACACAUGUAACGUGUCCAUCCUUGGCCCAACUUUACAAGGCUGGAGGGUAUUGUCCAACUGUACGAGGCUGCUGGCCAGCGUCGGUGCCGCCUGCCACUCAGACAGUGGAAACAGGCCUUCCCAUAUCCUUCUGAGCUGCGGCGUACCCUCAGAGGUGGCAGCUAAUGCCUUAAGGCUGAGCGUGGGCAGGGGGACCACCAAAGCAGAUGUGGAUGCAGUCGUGGAGGACCUGAGGGAAACUGUGCAUCUGCUGGAAGAAAUGGACUGAUGAUGUAAACAGUUCUGUUGGGGCACAGGGUUGUAAAUACAUCAUCAGCAUGUGUUUAUUGUUACAUUAACGGAUCGUGUAAAAUGGAUGAAAUAUUUCAUAUAAAUAAUCAAAGGGAACAAGUUGAAGUGACCUGAGGGGUGACGUUAUGGAGAGAUCACUGUACUCGGCCAAUCAGCUAACUGGAAUCAGGGUGGCAUGUAUGAGUGUUACUGAAAUAAAAUAUUUCCAUGCACUUUUAA